UUCUAUGAGUAUUUUAAAAAAAAUAAAAUAAAAAAAACUGAAGCAUACAUAUUUUAACAUAAAAUAAUAUAAAAAGGUUAAUUACAAGUUCCUGGAUUUUAAAAUAAUUUUCUAAAUCCAUAAAUUUCCCAAUUAUAGACUCCUGUGCAAUCAUCCGGAAUAUUUUAAUUUUAACAAUAAUAAAUGAUGGGUUAAUUUGGUCAAGGAUUUGUAGGAGGACCUUCAUAAUUAUCCCAAAUGUAAUAAAUAACUUAAGUCCCUGCAAGUAUACCAAAUAAUUCUUUAUUAAUUACUCAAUAAAAUGCAUCAAUACAAGCUGAUUCUUAAUGGCGAAAGCUUUUUGUUAAUAACAUACAUUAAGAUAUUCCAGAUGAUUUUGUAAAAACACUUUUAGAAGAAUGCGGUCCAAUCGAAAAAUGGAAAAGAAACAAAGACGAAAAAGGGAAUUAUUUAAAAUUUGGUUAUAUAGAAUACAAAUACGUCGAAGGAGUAUUAAAAUGUGUUCGUUUAUUAGACGGUUUUGACAUAAUGGAUUAAUAACUAGUAAUAAAACCAUCUUAAACAACCCAAAAAUUUAUCGAAGAAUGGAAAAAGCUUAAAAGGAAACAAUUCGAAGACGAGAAAUUUUACGCAAAAUAAAAAGAAGAUUAAAACGAGGAAAUUCAUAAAUUUAUAAACUUCGAUUAAUUUCUAGAAAAAGAUGACUAGAAAAUACUAGAGAGAAUUUAAUAACUAAUGAAGGUUUUGGAUGAAAAAGUGGAAAAAGUCCGAGAAAAAAAAAGGGAAGAAGAAGACAGAAAACUACAUCCGAGAGAAAGAGAAAGGGAAAGAAUAAGAAAAUAAUAAGUAAAAGAUAUGGAAAGGAAAUUCAAGGAAAAACUAAAAGAAUGGCUAGAACAUGAAGAAGAUAAAACUAAAGAAAAAAAAAAAGAAAAAGAUAGAGAAAAAGAAAGAGAAAAAAUACGCUAAAAAAACUUCGAAAGAGAACUAAAUUACACAGAUGAUAUUGAUAGACAUAAAUAUAAAGGAAAAACAAUGGAAAGAAGAAAACUUAGAUAAAGAGAGUUGGAAGAAGAUGAAUAAGAAAGAAAAAAAGAACUUGAAUUGCCAAAACCACCAGAACCUUAAUUCCAUUUACCAAUGCCGGAUGAAAAUAUGGAUUUUUAAGAUUAAAAUUAAAUUAAUAUCAAUAAUUUAUAAUCCUUAUAAUAAUUUAAUUUACUUUAAUAAUUAUAAUAACCAUUUUAAAAUUCGAUUAUUACUGCCAAAAAAUAAUUAACACCCGAAGAACUUAAAACAUAAAUAGCUGAAAUUUUUAAAAAAAUUCCAAAUAAUAAAUAAGAUCUUUAUAAUUAUAAUAUUAAUUGGACUUUUUUUGAAGCAAGUAAUUUAUUAGAAAAGAAAGUAAGACCACAUUUAUGUAAAAAAAGUUAGGAACUUCUUGGUUAAGAAGAACCAGAGUUUGUUAAUAUGAUAAUAAAAAAGAUAUAAAGUAAAGAACAUCCUGAAAAAAUAUAAAAGAAAGUCAGUAAAAUAUUAGAUGAAGAAGCAGAAGGUUUCAUUACUUCUUUAUGGAAAAUGAUAAUUUUCGAAAUGCUUAAAUACGAGAAAGAACUAUAAAUCUGA